CCCACUCCUUCCCUUUCUGUGCACACACCACCACUGUGGUCGUCGUCGUCGCUCGCUCCCUCCCUCUCCCUCUCUCAUAGACGCUCUUCUCCUCGCGUUUUGCUGCAUGGACUUGCAUGCGAAUGAUCAGCCUCAUCGCCUCAGCUCUUUCCAAGCUUCCCCUCUCGCUCUGACAUGAUUUAGCUCCUCCUGCGAUUUGUUGCGCUUUUUGACGAGUAUGUAGGAUUCGGGAAUGCUGGUAGAGAUUGAAUGUUGGCAGUAGUGGUGACUUGAUUGUGGGUGGAAUUUGGGCCCCUGUGCGCUCCGGGGAGCUGAGGACUGCGAUGAGGAAAUAAGUUUGGGUCGUGGGCGAUUCGUGCACCAUGGGAUGAACAAAGUUUCGUGUGAGUGUGUGUGUGCGCGCGCGCGCGUGACUUGAGUUUGAAAGAUUUGUUUCGGUGAUUGUGGAGGGAGAUCUCGUCGCGAUUGGUAAUGCUUGCUAGCUGUGUUCUUCAUUUGUGCAUCAAUCAGAGGGAUCGAAUUAGGAUUUGAGUGAGGGACGGUUGGUUUGAAUUUACCCUUUGCCAAAGAAGUGGCGAUGCGGUGAGCACUUUAGAAAUAUAAUGACACUGGUUUUCUGGAGAAUUCCAUUUGAGUGUAGUUGCAACAGAGAGUAGGAAACGCUAAGUUUGGCAGGAAAUCCUAAAUCGUAUCGGAAUCAGGCUAGCUGCUACAAGAUUGAAUCUAGACAUUGUGUAUGAUGCAGACGGAAAUUGGAAACAAAUUCGUGAGGUUAGCAAGGAAUUCGCAGACACAUCUGAACGAGUAAGGAACAUGAGGGCCUGAGAAGACAAAAGGAGAGUGAAGAGCCAGGAUGCAGGGGAUGAACAAGCGAAGUUCGAAGACGCCGACGCCAUCGCCACACAGAAUGCGUGUGAAGCGGGCCAUCAUGAGCAUACGAACCCCUACAAUGGCCAUGCCCAGCUGGAAGGUUUUCGACAACCAUUUGUAUGAUGGUAAAGCCAAGGCUAGUAGCAAACAACCUCCAGCGUCGGCACGGAAACUUGCGGCAACGAUAUGGAACCUUCAAGACCUUCCUCUUCCUGCUUGCCUUCCUGCCUGCCUCAACAGUCCCAACUGGGGCACUCAAGCAUAUCAAACAGGCGUUACGGACAGUCCGUUCUCUCAGCCCGACUACGUAUUCACUCCAGAGACCGUCAAGACAAGCAAACCUCGCCCUGGGAAGCAGAAUGGUACAAAUGGGAGCCUUCAGAGUCUGCUGCAAAAAAGCGGCUUGGAGCCUGAUGACAAGACUGCACGUAGUUCCACUCCGGUUGACAGGGAGAGACACAUACCAUGUCAUUCCUUCACUAAUCCAUGGAAGGGCGAGGGUGAGGAUGUGCUCAAUGUGACCAGCACAAUGUCACAGGAGCUUUUGAGAGUCUUCAAUCAAAUACGCCUGCUGGAGGAGCAGCACAACUCCAGCCUUCAUCUGACGAGUACGUUGCAAACAGAGCUAAUGGAAGCCAACGCUCGAUUAAAAGAGCUCGAACACCCUCACAAACUAGCGCGACGAGAGGCACGACGAGACGCACAACGAGAGGUCGAAGAGUUAACGAGGAAAUUCUCUAAUGAGAAGAUGGCCUGGAAAGCGAAAGAGGACAAGUUCAAAGCUAUGAUACAGUCUAUGAAGACGGAAUUGGACGACGAGCGGACGGCAAGGCAGAAGGUCGAAAGUAACAACCACAAAUUGACGAAGGAGCUCAUAGAGGCGAAAGCGGCGACCGAAACCGCUCUCCUAGAGCUCGAGAGUGAACGCCAGAGCAGGCAGCACAUAGAGGCUAUGUGCAACGACCUAGCCCACGAGAACGAAGACGACAAGGCGGUUGUGGAGGAAAUGAAGCGCGAGUCACAGCGAGUACGGGAGGCCCUUGAGGAGGAGCGGCGCAUGUUGCAGAUAACUGACGGCUGGCGAGAGCAGAGUGUGCGCAUGAGAUUCAGUGAAGCAAAACUAGCACUUGAAGAGAAGAGUGCCGCUUUGGACCACAUGCGGAUCCAACUGGAAUCCUUCUUGCGAGCCACGCAAAAUGGCAACACCGCCACCUUGAGAGAUGCCCAAGUUUUGCACAAUGUCAUCACCACCUUCCACCAUAACCACUCCCUCUUCUCCUUUCCCCCCAGCCCUGAAUGCAUGGAUGAUGCUGCUCUUGAAGGGGAUCCGAGCCAGGAAAAACGAGAACAUGAACGCGACAUGUUCUACUAUCGAGAAUGUACAUAGCGUGAUUAAUUAAGGAUUAGGUUGUACAGAUGCACUGCUAAGGAGGUGAUGUAAUUACGUUGAGAUUGAGAUUCCAACCAUAUUUCCGGUAGAGAUCGUUUUCCAGUUCGUAUGAGACAGCAAAAACGUGUUUUCUGUCGAGGUUCACAUGCUAGCCAGUCACGAUAUGUUGUACACUGACUCCUGAAACCGAAAUUGUCCAGAUUUCUAACAUCCCUUUUAGAAGCGAAGUCAGGUAAUAUCAAUCUAAAACCUCCAGGAUUGUGAAGUAAUAUGCAGCCAACGUGGUGUUGAAUCUUUAUAAGAAAAAAGAAAAAAGAUUUAAACAGGUUGACACUGUUGAA